AUGGCCCCUGUCGGAGCAAAUCGUUCCGGCGGCUUCGACCACCACCACGAUAACCAGCACCACCACCAUCAGAGCCCGCUCCAGGCCGACGACGACUUUUCCCUCGCACACAUGAUUGAUACGGAGCCCAACGGCCCCGACAAUGGGGGCUCGCCGUCUGUUUCUGGCGCUGGCGCUCGAGGUCCUGGCAACAACGACGUCGUCGACAUUACGGCUGGGCAAAAGAUGGUAUCGGCCAUGUCGGGAAGCCUUCUAACUUCGCUACUCGUUACACCCCUCGACGUCGUCCGCGUGCGCCUCCAAUCCCAAAAAGCCCCCGUCUCGACCGUCGACUUCUCUAAGCUCGCCAUCACAACCUCAUCCCUCACGCCCGCCCAGACCGCCGAGCUCGGAAUCACAUCCUGCUGCCGCGAAGUCUUCUUCUCGGGUGGCAACGCCGAUUUUUGCCUCGCCGCCCCGCGCAUCGAGGGCAUCGCAGCCGCUCCCCCAGCCGCAGAGUGUGCGGUCGAAGAAGUCCAGCGCCGAACUUUCAGCACAACUUUUGACGGCUUGCGCAAGAUCGCCCGUAAUGAGGGCUUCACCACGCUGUGGAGGG